UGACCAAUAAUUAAGAAAGGGCCAAGCUCGUGAUUAUCCAGAGGUUCAUAUAAGGAGGACGUGAACUCCUCCUCUUCUUUCCGUUGCAUGUCCCUCUCUUCCAAACCAACUUUCCAUCCGAAUUUUCCCGAGAAACAAACAAACAAUGGAUAAAGUUCAACAACUACCACCCAGGCCCCUUGUCUGGGAUUGCGGAAGCUCUCUCUACGACUCCUUCGAGCUCAGAUCCUUCGAGCGCCAACUCGACUCCGCCAUAGUUUCGAGGACCCUAUCGAUGCCUCACUUAUCCGACCACAGAUCUCGCCCGCCGCCGCCGCCGCCGCUCGCACUACCGCCGCACCCGCCGCCGAACCGCCCAGUUUCCAAGAAGCCUUCGAGAUUUUCCCGGCCGUUCCAUAAGCUUCUCCGGUCCAUCUUCGGGUCAAAACAGGCCACCUGCGGCCCGUUCUUUAAGGUGCAAGAAGGAAGCAAGGAUGGAUUCUACGUUCUGUACGACAAGUCCAGUGCCCUUUCGACCAUUCCGGAGGGUCCCGAAACCGGCGGCCUCUCGCCGGAUUUGAAGUCGUUGACGCGGCGCUCUGAGUCCCACAGAUUUGCGGCCACUUCUGUAGGUAUUUCAUGUGCUUGAUGGGACUAAUUAAAGCCUUUGACUGUUAGAUUAUUAUUAUAUUGUAUCCACAGUGUGUCCAAGUAUGUGUCCAUGUUAUAUUAUAGGGUUUGUGUGACUCUCGUGUAAUAAAUAAAUAAAUAAAACUAUAGUAAAAAAAUUAAUGUUAUUAGAACCCAUUGUGUCUU